GGUGGACAAGACUUUCCCUGUAUUCAUGAAGAAAAAAAAUCUUUAUCCAUAGUUUGUUUUCUUAUGUUUCCAUGUGCUUUCUUGCUGAAACUUUAUCCAUUUGUUUCAUUUCAUUCAUCUCUUGUUUCAACUCUAAAUUUUCCGAUACAAUUUAAGGUAAUGAAGGAGGAAUUCGCAUGACACAAAAAUGGCAGCACCCAUUCUCCCAUUAACCACAUUUUCUCUCACAAAACCCAACACAGAAACAACACCAAAACACCAAACUACUACCUUUACAGUUUCACCUUUACUUCAUAUCCUUUCUCUCAUACCCAAAUGCACCAAUCUCACAGACCUUAAACAAAUCCAAGCUUACUCCAUUAAGACCCAUCUUCAAAACAACACCAAUGUCAUCACAAAGUUCAUUAAUUUCUGCACUUCCAACCCCACAGAAGCUUCCAUGGACCACGCAUACCACCUGUUCGACCAAAUUACUCUACCAAAAAUUGUUCUUUUCAACAGCAUGGCACGCGGGUAUGCUCGCGUUAACGACCCUCUUAGAGCAAUGAUUCUCUUUUCUCACGUUCUCUGCUCCGGCCUUGUUCCUGAUGACUACACAUUUUCCUCACUUCUCAAGGCCUGUUCAAAGGUUAAGGCUUUGAAAGAAGGGAAACAACUGCAUUGUUUUGCUUUGAAACUUGGGGUUAGUGAUAAUAUAUAUGUUGUUCCGACACUUAUUAAUAUGUAUACUGCUUGUGGUGACAUUGAUGCUUCUAGAAGGGUUUUUGAUAAGAUUGAAGAGCCUUGUGUUGUUGCAUAUAAUGCAAUCAUUACUAGUUUAGCUAGGAAUAGUCAACCUAAUGAGGCAUUGGCUUUGUUUAGAGAAUUGCAGGAGAGCGGUCUUGAGGCGAGUGAUGUUACCAUGCUUGUUGUUCUUUCGUCCUGUGCUUUGCUUGGAUCAUUGGAUUUGGGGAGGUGGAUGCAUGAGUAUGUUAAGAAGUAUGGGUUUGAUCGACAUGUGAAGGUAAAUACAACUCUUAUAGAUAUGUAUGCUAAAUGUGGGAGCUUGGAUGAUGCUGUUAAUGUGUUUAGAGACAUGCCUAAGAGAGAUACGCAGGCUUGGUCGGCGAUGAUCAUGGCUUAUGCAACACACGGGGAUGGUUUCCAAGCAAUAUCGACGUUGAAAGAAAUGAAGAAAGAAAAAGUGCAGCCUGAUGAGAUAACGUUUUUAGGUAUGUUGUAUGCAUGUAGCCAUAACGGAUUGGUAGAAGAAGGUUUUGAAUAUUUUCGUAGUAUGACUGAUGAGUACGGGAUUGUUCCUAGUAUCAAACAUUAUGGGUGUAUGGUGGAUUUGCUUGGUAGAGCUGGAAGAUUGGACGAAGCCUAUACAUUCUUAGAUGAAUUACCCAUUAAGCAAACACCGAUUCUGUGGCGAACAUUGCUAUCUGCUUGUAGUAGUCACGGCAAUGUUGAAAUGGGAAAACAAGUAAUUGAGAGAUUAUUUGAAUUGGAUGAUUCACAUGGUGGAGAUUAUGUUAUUUUAUCGAACUUGUGUGCAAGAUAUGGAAGAUGGGAUGAUGUGAAUCACUUGCGGAAAAUGAUGUUAAACAAAGGAGCCGUGAAAAUUCCUGGUUGUAGCUCUAUAGAGGUCAACAACAUUGUGCACGAAUUCUUUGCUGGGGACGGAGUUCAUUCCAUUUCUACAACAUUGCACCAUGAACUUGAUGAGUUGAUGAAGGAAUUGAAAUUGGCUGGGUAUGUACCUGACACAUCACUAGUCUUUCACGCAGACAUGGAAGAUGAGGAGAAAGAAAUUAUUCUUCGAUAUCACAGUGAGAAAUUGGCCAUUACUUUUGGACUUGUGAAUACGCCGCCUGGAACAACAAUCCGUGUUGUCAAGAACCUUAGAGUUUGUGGAGAUUGCCAUAACGCUGCUAAAUUUAUAUCAUUGAUAUUUGGCAGGCAAAUUAUUCUCAGAGAUGUACAAAGAUUUCACCAUUUCAAAGAUGGGAAAUGCUCUUGUGGUGAUUACUGGUAGUAGAGUUUCUUCAAGAUUCAAUCUUACAACAAUAUCUGAUAAAUUGGUCAGUUUAUUGCCAAAAAAUUAAAUACUAUUAGUUGUGUUUGGAAGGACCAGCCAGUCAGCCAAUGUAUACAGGCCAGAAGAAAGAAUUGUUUCCUGCAAAAGGAUCAUGAUUUACAUAUCCGGAUAAUUAUUAAAACAUAUUUACAUAAUACAUCUUGGUGUAGAUUGUGAGCUUGGAAUAAUUAGUGUCACUCUCAUGUAAUAUAACUCAUUUUGUGGUAUUUUUUUAAACAUUGAAGUGUAUCUAUGUAAA